UUUUGAAAACAGCGGCAAUAAAUUGUGACCCGGAAAUACUCCAGUGUUGUAUACAAAACAGAUUAAAAAAAUAAGACCGUAUCCGUAGAUUAAUAUGGAUGACAGCAGCUACCAAGUUCUCUGUAGCGUUGGACAGUCAAAACAUAAUUAAGUACAGGAGACACGCUAUACACGCUGUUUUGCGUUUUCAAAGUUACUUUAAUCUAAGUGCCUUCGGCGUCUAUGCGAGUCAGGAUCUGGAUCGCACAGCUAGCUAGCUACUAGCUACCUGAACCAGCUGAUUUCCGCAGCUGAACUCUCGCUAGUUCAGGGUGUUGAGUUGGUCUGGUUAACUUUAAGAAUUUAUUGAUGUGCGGUUGAGUUUCCAUGCUGUCAGAGAUGUUUAUGUAACUCGCUGCGGAUGAGACGUUAUCCGAGCCCUCCAUUAUUAUGGAACUGUCACUAUCCAACUCCAGCGACUGGGUUUGGUAAACACAGACGGUUUGCUAAAUAGAUAAGGAUUGCAAGUCCUCAGAUCAGCGAACUUCAGAAAAAAACUUCAGUGAAGAGUCAUCCGGCCAUAAGAACCUCACGACAACAACAGCCCAGUGACACGAAGUUUGAACUGAAAACAUGGAUUUCAAUAAGGGGACUUAUAUACUCACGUCAAAGAAUCCACUUCUCGUUCAGUGUAAAUAGCCGUUUUUUUGUCCGCCGACUGGCUUCGACUCUGUUCAACUAAAAAGGGUGAGCCAGUCGAGUUUUAGCCGCUUUGUUUUGGUUAGCGGUUGUGCUAAUGUAGGCUAGUUUACUCCCGGCGCAGAAUCAUUUGCUUAUUGUCCUGCUAAUUCAGUUUUCGUUUAGUACUUUUUUAUUGUCAAUACUCUCCUCAACUCUGAGCAAGGGAACCAUGAACUGCCUGUCCUUUAGCGAGCUAUGCUGCCUCUUCUGUUGCCCGCCCUGUCCCGGCCGCAUUGCCGCCAAGCUUGCCUUCCUGCCCCCAGAGCCCACCUACUCCCUGCUCCCAGACCCAGAGGCCCCCCCCAGCGCCAGGCCACGGGGGGCCGGGAGGCCCGGGGGCCCGGGGGAGGGCCGCUGGAAGCUGCAGCUUUCAGAGAGAGCAGAGUUCCAGUACUCCCAGAGAGAGCUGGAUACCACAGACGUGUUCCUCACGCGUUCCUCCAGAGGGAACCAGGUCUGCUGCAUGUACAUCCGCUGUGCCCCCAACGCCAGGUACACGGUCCUGUUCUCUCACGGGAACGCUGUGGACCUGGGCCAGAUGAGCAGCUUCUACCUGGGCCUGGGCUCCCGGAUUAACUGCAACAUCUUCUCCUACGACUACUCCGGCUACGGCGCCAGCAGCGGGAAGCCCUCCGAGAAGAACCUGUACGCUGACAUAGACACUGCCUGGCACGCCCUGCGAACACGGUAUGGCAUCAGUCCAGAGAGCGUCAUCCUGUACGGUCAGAGCAUCGGCACGGUGCCCACGGUGGACCUGGCGUCCCGCUACGAGUGUGCUGCCGUCAUCCUGCACUCUGCCCUCACCUCCGGCAUGAGGGUGGCCUUCCCCGACACCAGCAAGACCUACUGCUUUGACGCCUUCCCCAAUAUAGAGAAGGUCUCCAGGAUUCCCUCGCCCGUCCUCAUCAUCCACGGGACGGAGGACGAGGUCAUCGACUUCUCCCACGGCCUGGCGCUGUACGAGCGCUGCCCCUCCGCCGUGGAGCCGCUCUGGGUGGAGGGGGCGGGGCAUAACGACAUCGAGCUCUACAGCCAGUACCUGGAGCGCCUGAGACGCUUCAUAGGACAGGAGCUGGGCCAGCACGCCUAGGGGUCUCUCUCUCUAUCUGUCUCUAUCCCUCUCUCUCUGUGUCUCUCUAUCUCUCUCUCUCUAUCUGUCUCUAUCCCUCUCCCUCUCUGGUAUGUGUUGUGCAGACAGCUGAUAAGUAGCUCACCGACCUGUGUGGUGUAUCAUGGGCUGGAUAUCAUGUUAAUCAUGUGGCCGUAGCAACCAAAAGGAAGGCUCUCUGUGUUCUGAUUCCUUCAGACCCUCCCCCCCCCUCCUCCUCCUGACUUUUAUUCUACGUUGUCUUCAGACAUCUGUUUUUUUUUUGUUUUAAUUUGAUCCAGUUAGGAAUUAUUAUUGAAUUGUUGUGAACUUUCUCUUUUUAGUUUUCUUCUUUUUUCCAAGAAUGUACAAAUAUAUAAGAAAAUAAAGUCAUAAAUUGAUAAAA